AUGGACUAUGACCCGGCUCGUAUCAAUGAGCUAUUGGCCCAGCUUCAGAAUUCGACGGCAUUUCAGAGUGUCGUAACUUCCAACAACCCUUCAAGCUCAAGCCAAACGCCGAGUUUGCCCACAGACGAGGUGUCUGUUCCAGCUCAAGCUCGUGUCUCUCCACCAGUACCCGGGUCUACCGUAUUUGACCUUUAUCUCGACUUAAUCCUGGAGCGUCUUCGGGGCCCACCAACACUUGAUUUGAAGUUCAUGAAUGUACAACAAGCGCUACCUCAUAUAUCCAAACUUACACAGAGGGUUGAAGUCAGAGACAAACUGAAAAAGGAGGUCCAAAAUCAGCUUGAGCAGAGUUUGUAUGCAUCACAGCAGGAUGUGAUGAGGAAGCAUGAACAAAGAGUUACAUUUGCUAAGAACAAGUACGUGGCACUCUACAUCUCCGACCGUUGCCGACUAAAGUGCCUGGUUGAAAGAGCCAGUAUCGUUGGUGUUUCGCUGAGUGACAAGGACAUUCGAAUUGAAGCUCAAGGCCAUACACCGUUUUACAUCAACUGCCAUGGCAGUCGAAGAUAUUUCGGCAAUGCAAGAAGGAAAGCUUUCCAAAGGUCUGAAGCAAUUCCUGCAAGAUCAGGUUGUGGACAAAGGCAGGGGAAAGAGUCCUUGGCUGUCAUUGAACCCAAGCUUGGUGGUGCAAUAGCGAAGAAGCUUGGUAUUCAAGUGGUCUCUGGGGAGUCUACCCAGGACUUGUUCCGCGGCAUUCGCAGCCAGCUUUCAUCCCUUCUUGACGGGCUUGAUCCCACGGACCUGUCUACCAUGAGUUUGGGUCUUUCGCACUCGCUUUCGAGGUUCAAAUUGAAGUUCUCUCCUGACAAGGUUGAUAUCAUGGUGAUUCAAGCGAUCGCAUUGCUGGAUGAUUUAGACAAGGAAAUUAACAUUUAUUCUAUGCGCGUCAAACUAUCUGACCCGGAAUGCUGUCCAGGAAUGGUACGGCUGGCACUUCCCAGAAAUGGGAAGAUCAUUGUGGACAAUCUUGCGUAUGCCAAGGUUGUUCGGGAAAUGGGCUUCCGUACAAAUGCUGCGACAACCUCCUUGGCGUCCAUUCUCCCCGAAGAACUCGAACUGACUCUCAAGGCUGCUGCAGAAAUUAGCAUGGGCACCGAAAUUUCUGAUUCCGACAUCUCACAUAUUCACUCGCUGUGCGACCAAGUCAUCUCCAUCUCUGCGUACCGAGCGCAGCUUUCCGAGUACUUGCGGAAUCGAAUGAAUGCAAUCGCUCCCAACCUUACCGCAUUGGUAGGCGAAUUGGUUGGCGCGCGAUUAAUCAGCCAUGCCGGCAGUUUGAUGAGUCUGGCGAAGCACCCUGCAAGUACUGUUCAGAUUCUUGGCGCCGAGAAAGCUUUAUUCCGUGCUCUUAAAACUAAACAUGAUACGCCAAAGUAUGGACUUAUCUACCAUGCAUCUCUUAUCGGGCAAGCUCCUCAAAAGUUGAAGGGAAAGAUGGCUCGUAUGGUAGCGACGAAGGCCCGCUCCAUCCGUGUGGACGCUCUCGCAGAUGUAGAUGAGAAGUCCGAAGCGACUGCUGCAACCAUUGGGAUCGAAAAUCGAGCCAAACUCGAGUCCAGACUUCGUGCGCUGGAGCACCAAUCGGAUCUCGGCAGCUUACCAUUCGCGAAUACAGUUCGCAAGCAGUCCAAAUUCGAAAUGAGUGGAUCCACCAAGCAGUACAACACUGCUGCCGAUUCGGUAGGCGCCGACCAAUGCGAAGGAAGAGAGGAGAAAGGCAAAGAAGAGAAAAAGAAAGCAAAGGCUGAGAAGAAGGCCAAGAAAGAGGCGAAAAAGGCAGAAGAGGAGGCAGCACGGCUCAAAAAAGAGGCGAAAAAGGCAGCAGCAGCUGCGGUGGCCGAGGUAGCAGCAGAGAUGGCCGAGGAAGCUGCCCCUGUUGUCUCCAACGGCAGUGAGAAAAAGCAAAAGAAGCGACGGGUAGAUGAAGGAGAGUCGCCAGAGAAAAAGCUGAAUAAUACGAAAAUCGAGCCUGUUGGCGUCGCUCACCCGAAGGGACAGGUUCGGAGCGCAUCGAAUGAGAUGGACUCGCAGCGACCCCCAAAACGAUCUCGUAAAGCAAUCAACUGCGAUCCGUGUCGACGAGCAACCCUGUGUUAUCCUGAUUCUGGGCCUGCUGAACAUGGCCAACCUGCUCAGAUGAACGGAAAUGAAGCUGUCCACGACAACCACGCCGGCGCAGGGGAUCCAUAUGCCGAAAUUGCUCGAAUGCGUCAGUCGUUGGCCACAUUAGAGAGCCUCUUGACCCGCCAUGGGAUAUCUCCCCAAGGGAGUAGUCUUGGCUCAACUCCUUCACCAGAUGGUCUAAUGACCGAGUCGACAGCUUAUCCGGCAAUGGAGGUUGGGAUGUACGUUGGGCCUACUAGUGCAGCUAGCCCAUUGCUUUCCUUCAGGUGA